AUGGCCGAAGGGGGCUACGUCAACGGCUGGGAACAGUACACAUCGCAGAACCAAAUCACCCGCUCCGCCACCUCGCAAAUUGGUCAUCCAGAUGCCGCGGCUCUCGCCCACCUGUCACAUGCACUGUACAUCCCUCGUCACGACAGAAAAGGCACUCACCUAGCCAUCCACGACAUCAGCGACCAGUAUGCAACUGCUAAGGGCACACUCCCCGUUGGGUGUACCAGGUAUGCGGUAGCCAUAGGGGUCAUGCCGAAACCACAGGGCGAUGGACCAGAUGAUACCACCGUCUCGUAUGAUGUGAGUUUCAGUCUUGAAAAAGACGAAGAAGCGGUAGUGGGAUUGGUGAAAGGCAGAGCGCUGUCACCCCCGUCUGCUGAGGUAGAAUUGGAAAUAUCCACCGCCGAAGAGGAAGCCGCUAUCUUAACGACAAACGGCGCAAAUGAAACCGAGAUAUCGCUCGAUGUGACAUAUCCCAUUGCCGCCUCAUCAACCCGCAACGGCAUCGUGAAGCACCCCUACUUCACCUUCCAAGUCCCAGAUGCCCACGCUGGAUCAACAACCUAUCAAUGGCAGAUACACCCUAGCCGGAACGGGCGCCUGCGGUAUACACUUGUCCGCAGCCCCGCACCACAGCAUGACCAACAAGAACCCAGCGAUACUGAUAUCCAGGCCGUAUAUUACCACAUCGGACUUGACGACUCGUUGUGGCUGUCGCACAGUGAGGGCAUUCUGCUUCUUCCUGCUGGUCAGAACUCCGCCAAAGAAAGUAUCGUGGUGAGUAGUGUGCUAGGAAUGCUAUGGCGGCUGCGAGAGCUUCACAGGGGAAAGGGUAAACUUUUGAAGCCAGGCGAGAAGAAAUCGCGCUUGGGGUCGGUUAAGCGGCUUUUUGGAAGUAAGGAGUAA